UUUUGCGGCCAACCGUAGAAGAAGAAAAAGAGGGACGCGGACCAAAUUAUUGUCUCUUCUUCCAGCAUCAUCAGUCUCUCCGUCCAUCAUCUCUUCUCAGAAUUUACGUCUUUGAAACUGGAUUCUUUUGUCGCCUGUGUACUUAAGGCUAACGUCUGACAUCAGCAGAAUGUCUGACAAGAGUGAGCUGAAGGCCGAGCUGGAGAGAAAGAAGCAACGAAUCGCCCAGAUUCGAGAGGAGAAGAAGAGGAAAGAGGAAGAGAAGAAAAAGAAAGAUGGAGAUUCAAAACGUGAGUCGGGAGGAGGGUCCUCGGUCGGACAUGAAGACUCUGAUCUGGAAAGGAAGAGGAGGGAGGCUGAGGCUCUGCUGCAGAGUGUUGGCAUCACCCCUGACAUUCCCCACGCUCAGCCCCUGCGGGUAGUAACAGAAGAUACGUGUCUGUUUCACUACCUAGUCCCUGCCCCCAUGUCUCCCUCCAACAAAUCAGUGGGCAGCGACGCCGGAAGCCAAGAUUCUGGGGACGGAAAUGCAGGACCAAGGACAUUGCAUUGGGAUCCUGACCCCUCUACUCUGCAACUCCACUCCGACUCUGAGCUCAUGGGACGUGGAGCUGUGAGACUCGGCAUGUCCAAAGUGACCCAGGUGGACUUCGUCCCAAAGGAGAUGGUGUCCUACUCUAAGGAAACGCAGACGCCCACAGAGGCGCUGAUACACACCAAUCAAAAAGCAGAUGAGGAAGAGGAUGAGGAGAUAACAGCUGUCCCAUCAGCAGACGACAACCAGGAGGAGAAAGAUGAACAGGGUGAACAGCAGGAGGAAGACACUCCCAAGGAGCUUACGGAAGAGGAGAAGCUGCAGGUCCUGCACUCUGAAGAGUUCUUGACGUUUUUUGAGCGUGGCAGCAGAAUUGUGGAGAGAGCUCUGGCUGAGCAGGUGGACGUCUGCUUUGACUACAGCGGGAAAGAUCUCGAGGACAAAGAGGGUGACUUGCAGGCCGGCGCAAAGCUUGUUCUGAACAGACAUUUUGCUGACGAGCGCUGGACUAAAAACAGGGUGGUGACCUGUCUCGACUGGUCUCCUCAGUAUCCAGAGCUGCUGGUGGCCUCAUACAACAACAAUGAGGACGCGCCUCAUGAGCCUGAUGGCGUGGCAUUGGUCUGGAACAUGAAAUACAAGAAGGACACACCCGAGUACAUUUUCCACUGUCAGUCUGAGGUGAUGUCGGCCGGGUUCGCAAAGUUUCACCCCAACCUGGUGGUGGGUGGGACGUACUCCGGACAAAUAGUCUUAUGGGACAACAGAAGCAACAAGCGCACCCCUGUUCAGAGAACUCCCCUGUCUGCUGCUGCACACACUCACCCAGUGUACUGCGUGAAUGUGGUGGGAACUCAAAACGCCAACAACCUGAUUAGCAUCUCCACUGACGGCAAGAUGUGCUCCUGGAGCCUUGACAUGCUCUCCCAGCCACAGGACAGUUUGGAGCUGGUUUUCAAACAGAGCAAGGCGGUGGCUGUCACAUCCAUGGCGUUUCCUCUGGGCGACGUGAACAACUUUGUGGUGGGAAGCGAGGACGGCUCUGUGUACACCGCCUGUCGCCACGGCAGCAAGGCGGGCAUCACUGAAGUGUUUGAGGGCCACCACGGCCCAGUGACCGGGCUGAGUUGUCACAGCGCUGGAGGACCUGUGGAUUUCUCUCACCUCUUCAUCUCCUCCUCUUUUGACUGGACCGUCAAACUCUGGAGCACCAAGAGUACCCGUCCGCUGUACUCAUUUGAGGACAGCUGUGACUACGUCUACGAUGCGAUGUGGUCUCCGACCCACCCUGCUCUGUUUGCUUGUGUGGAUCUCUCUGGACGCCUGGACCUGUGGAACCUCAACAACGAUACUGAAGUUCCCACCGCUAGUGUGUGUGUGGAUGGGGCUCCAGCUCUGAACCGUGUGAGGUGGUCUCACACUGGAAAGGAGAUUGCCACCGGUGACUCUGACGGACAGGUGCAGGUCUACGACGUCGGCGAGCAAAUCUGCGUGCCCAAGGCGGACGAGUGGACGCGCUUCGUCAGGACGCUGGCCGAGAUCAACGAGAACCGAGAUGAAGCCGAGGAGCUAGCCAACGUCUGAUGUCCAUGCGUUUAUUUCCAGUACACUACACACUUAUAGCACAUUACAUGACAUGGUCAGAGGAGCUGCUCUCUCUGACUUCCAGCUUUUCCACCUAAAACAAAACUGGCCUGAGGAGAUGCGCAGAGCUAGAACGAAUGGACACGGCAGCCUUUAGAUGUUUUUAAAUGUGUCUGUCUGUAGGAACAAUGGACGUCGCGUGUAGCAUUAGUAGUGGAGGAACCGGAGUCACAGUAAGCGGUUGAAAGUUCAGCGUAAAGGGAUACAGGAAGUGAUUGUCAGCGUUGACGUGGCUGUCCACUCUUAACUUCUAGCUUUGAUUAACAUCCUCAGGGCUCCAGACACUGCUCUUCUCCUGAGGCCUCAACCUACUCAGCCCUUUUUUUUAAAAUAUGCAAACCUUUGUACUUGCACCUUUUUAUUACCAUUUGAGUGUUUUUACAUGUUUUAAUAUUUUCCGGACACGCUUGUGCACGGCUGGCAAACUCUUCAGGCAGAAAGUAAAGCUGACAUGACACUAUCGUAUAUCCUCAGCGGCCCUCGAAUCCGACAACUCAAACAGCUCGAGUGCUCACACGGACGCUCUGGCCUGUGUACAAGCAUGUCGUUCUUUUUAAACCACUACAAUAUUUAAUAUUUAUUACGGUGGUUGCACUUAUUUAAAUAUUUUGUGUAUUGUUUCUGAUAAAAAGCUGCUUUAUACUACAAGCUUGAACCCGUACAAUCCUAUUAACACAAUAAGCUACUCAACAGGCAAAAACAGUUACUUUACUUGGCUUGAAUUUGUUGACACUUGUGCAGUUAAAAGGUUUUUUUUUUCUGUACCAAAGUUUAUUGUUUCAUAUUUGUGUAACUAGUAGAAACUGGUUCUAUGACUCUAGAAGUAAAAGAAGUUGGAGUGAAGGUGUAAAGCUGAGGUUGAAAACUCAUUUUUACCAUUAUUUCCAUUUUCCAUCCAAUCAUUCAUUCCUUUCAUGAUGCAGCUUCCAACCUCACCGAGCUAGUAAAGAUUUCAGUGUUCAAAAUGAGCUGAAAAUGCUUCGUAGCAACCAUAUUCGAUGUGACAAGAUCAGUAUUCUGCGUUGACUGGUCGCACUGUAUCCUUCCCUGCUACUGUUCCUGAUACACUUAAUGGUUGCACUUUCCCAAUGAAAUUAAACUCAAGAGAUAUUGGUAAAAUUAAAA